ACAUCUCUUGCACAUCUUUCCUUGAUCAACUUUAUCAUACACCAUGCGACAGCGCGCACACUGUAUACGUCCCUACCAGCAAUGAGACAAAACAUCUUUGAUAUACUCAAAAAUGUACGGUGGCAUGGAUUAAACCGGCCUGUCAAUGCACUACCACCGCUGCGCAGUACAACCCAGCCAAUGUUUAGAAUGCUGCACUCGCCGGUAAACAAAUAUCGGGAGUUAAAAAUUGUGCACAAGAAGCGCCACCGGUGGACCGCAGAGCAAGACGCCAGGCUAGUGCAAAUGGUGGACGAGAAGGGUCCCGCAUGGAGUGUCAUUGCUGGCGAGCUGGGCAUACAGGGCAGCGCGCUAAAAGUGCGGCGGCGAUGGGAGGUCCUUCAGCCCAAGCAUGGAAGUGCUUGGUCAAAGGCGGAAGACACGGAUCUGGCCAACAUAAUUAGCCAGCACACGGAGCUUGGCUAUGCCCUUGGGGACAUGGGGCUAUGGGUCAAAGUGUCUCAGCAGCUGAAAACCAACAGGAGCCCGCGUCAAUCCCACGCGCGGUGGACAAAAACGCUGCUUCCGCGCCAGGGCAAGGCGCUGCCGUUUACGCGGUUUGAAAGGAUACGUGGCUGGGUUUGGAGCGAUGAAGAGGUCGGCCGGCUGAGGGCCGCUGUGGCAGUGGUGAACGAGAGUUCGGACUCGCAGAACGCUAUUGAUUGCGCGCAGGAGUUUGAGCCAUGGCUGCUGAUUGGAAUUAAUACGGCUGAAACGCUAAAGCCCCAGUACUGGACCAGCAUUGCAAGCCAAGUUGGCACACGGACGGCAGCGCAGUGCGCUUCCAAGUGGAAUAACCUUUUGGGCCAGCUGAAAGGUACGUCGAUAACUACCGACCAGGCAAAGCGGUUGGCGGCGCUGGUGAAGACCCAUGGUCGCAAGUGGGGAUUUCUCGCUCACAAUUAUUUUCCGGACCAGAGCCCAGUCGAUCUCUGCUACGCGUACUCGCUGUGGAGACGGGUCGAAAAAAAGCACGGCGUCGAUCUCUUGGAUAUUGACCCAUUCUCAAUGAUCCGUGAAUUUGACGGCAGAUCGGCGAUGCGGCCUACUGGCGCGGAUGGAAAUUACGAUCCGAAUGGACCAGUGGUUAGGGUGUUUAAGAGCGGCAGCUCGUCUUUCAUGACACCAUAUACCUUGGCCCUUGCAAACACUUCUUUCCGCAAGCGAAAGUCGGGAAUGCUUCGGGUCAUUGGGCUGGUUCAUAACCCGCAUGGUGGGCUGCUGCCAGUAAAGUCAAUUGACAAGCUUGUCGCGGCUCUGAGUCGCCACAGUAACGACUGGGUCAGCAUAUCCCGCGAAGUGGGGCUUCCUAUAACCGUGUGUCGUCGGUAUGCUGAGGGACUGGCAAGCAGCCUGAAUAGCGUCAAAGAUAUAAUUAGCAACCUCGAGUUGGACGACCUCGCCAGCAAAAGCGACCUAAAGACUAUCCAAAGGCCCAAAAAGGCACCCGCCGGUCGACAAGGUAAAAUGACUUUAUAAUUGGG